AUCAUUAUAAAUAGGGCAAGAUAACCGCUUUUUUGUCUAAUCGAGUCUUCCUUCCUAUCAAGAUGAUCAGUCCAACUAGAGUCUUCUUGUUACUUACAAUUUCCUGUAGGACAGUCUACGUUUUCGACCUAUUUGCCCCCACUGGCUGCAAAGACGCUGACCUUACCGUAACUUUGAAAACUCCUUCAAACAGUCCGAUAAAGGGACAGUGUAAGAAUAGCAACCAAGGAAGGAAGUACCACUCGUUCACGAACAUACCAUAUGCAGAACCACCCUUAGGUGAAAGAAGAUUUCAGCCGCCUGAACCCGUACACCCAUGGAAAGAAACUCUUGAUGCUACGAAAACAAAUAAAGUUUGCUUGCAAGAUCCAAUACUAGAGGGUGAUGGGUACAUUUAUGGGACUGAGGACUGUUUAGUUCUUAACGUUUAUACUCCCCGGAUAUCAAACGAUUCAUCGAAAUUACUUCCAGUUUUAUUUUGGAUUCAUGGAGGUGCUUAUGAAUGGGGAUCUGGGGUACACAUUUUUGGAUUCGGAUUUUUCGACCAGUUUGAUCCUGGAUUCUUCAUGGACGAAGAAAUUGUUGUAGUUACUAUAAACUAUCGACUAGGAGCUCUAGGUUUUUUGACGACAGAAGAUGAAAGCAUACCAGCCAAUUUAGGUCUCAGAGACCAGAAUUUUGCAUUAAAAUGGGUUAUAAACAACAUUGAAGUAUUUGGUGGUGAUCCUAAGGAUAUCGUCAUUACAGGACAAAGUGCAGGAGCCUCUAGCACAUGUUUCCAACUGCUAUCUAAUGGAAAAGAAAUGGAGUCAGUAACUGGAGCCAUAAUGAUCAGUGGCACAUGUUUGUCUCCUUGGGCGAUAAAUAUGGAUGCCAGGAUGAAAGCAUUCGAUGUUGGAAAAAGAUUGGGACUAGACUCUUCUGAUAAUAGCUCAAGAAGUCUCUUAAAGAAGCUGCAAAGAGUGCCGGCUAAAAAACUUAUGCGUGAAGCAGGGAUGCACUAUCUGAUUUCCAAAACUGACGACGGAAGCAUUCCAAUGGACUUUUCACCGAUUUUGGCGAAAGACAUGUUUCCAAAGGAACCAAUGGCCGAUGCUAUAAGCCAGGGGCGUUUCCACAAAGUUCCACUUCUGUUUGGCUUUAACUCAGAGGACUGUAUUUCGCCAAUACUUGUGGGAUUGGUACCUCAGAUUAAUAGAAAAGCCAAAAUGUGGGAUCAAGAGCUUUCAAGAAUGAUACAAGUAAACGUGAACGUCGAUGAUAGGCUUAAGGCUGCUAAAGAUAUGAAGGCCCUGUAUACGAAUAAAAGUUUUUCUGAUGAUUUAGCAGCGGUAGUAAAGGUAUGUGACUAUUAUCUUAGUUAAUAAGCGUCUUUCCGGUGCUUCAAAUUCGACUCUCACCAUUCGGAUUGCAGUAUAUAGGAUGCAAGAUUAUUAAACAUGCUACUUUCGUCUAUCUAAGCACAGUCAGCGAACCAUGGGCAGCUGUUUCGUGUUUUUCGGCAACUCAUCACUAUGAUCUAGGUUGAUCUGUGAGACAAUGAACGAAACCAUAGCAGCUAUCCUCUUUCAGAGGUAUGAAGCCUAUACUAUAUAUCAGAAGAACCGGUGAAAUGAGCAAAAAAC